AUGUCGCUGUCACUGUUGAUUUGGGCCCUUGUCCUUGCCCCACGUGCACCAUUGGGUGUCUCGCAGACCACGGCUGGCAGUACGAUUGUGGGUUGCAGCGCCACGACCGAUGGCGAUGAGCACAAUCUGUGGUUUGGGGCGAUCUCGGGUGCAAACUGUUGGGAAGAAUGUCCAACGGUCGGCCCUCGAGGCCGACCGUAUGGAUACUACUACGGAUACUCGAUAAACGACGUUGCGUGGGGAGUCGAUGAGAACGGCAACGCCCCUGUCCGCUGCUACUGUUCCGACUACCCGCCGCCAAUGACCGAUUUCGUUGACGCCACGUCUGGAGUGACGACCGUCACUGACCCAGACGGCACCAGCGUGCCCAACGAAGUGACGUGCCCGGACAACACAUACCUCGUCGCGUAUCUCAACACACCCUUCACCCUCUCGCAGUGUGCAUUCAGAAUGGAUGUGCCUGCCGGAGAACCGCUCUACUACAGCAACACCGCGACGUUUGACGAAUGCUCCCAAGCCUGCACGGGCUACCCGUACAUGGCGUACGAACGUGCCCACCCAGAAUCCGCAGAAUCAUGUGGCGGCUGCCGCCACGGCUCGAUGGGAAACUCGUCGGUCGCCACCGGUAUCGACUGCACUCAACUUCCCGGCGUCCGAUUUAACGGCGUCACCUGCCACGACGGCAGGUGCAUCGUCUCCAACUGUCAGCGGCGUUUCAAACUGGUUGGAAACUCGUGUGUGGAGAAGUAG